AUGGCAGAGCAGGCGGAAGCCCAGGGAACAGGAGAGAAACCACAAACACCCAACACGUCAUCCCUGGACCACCGGGGGACAGGGGGGACGUUCCAGGAGGGUCAAGAUGUGGAGAAGGGAGAAGUCAUAACCAGAUCCACGAGGGAGAAGAACGGUCGCUUCACCAACCCCUGGCCCACAUGGCACUACCCCUCCUCUGCCUCCCUGCUCCGGUUCUACCUACUAGAUAAGGACCACAGCAACGUACCCCGCUCCAAAGAGGUGUCAGGAACCGUGGGGUCUGGUCUCAGGGUGACCUGGCUGGGCCACGCAUCAGUCCUAGUAGAGAUGGACGGCCUGGUCAUCCUCACUGACCCCAUCUUCAGCCAGAGGGCAUCUCCCUUCCAGUUCAUGGGGCCCAAGAGGUUCAGGGGCCCGCCGUGUACAGUAGAUCAACUACCCAAGGUGGAUGCUGUGCUCAUCAGCCACACGCACUACGACCACCUGGACGUAGGUUCAGUUGGCAGCCUCAAUAAGCGCUUCGGCGCCGAGCUGCGUUGGUUUGUCCCUCUGGGACUCCAGGGCUGGAUGCAGAGCUGUGGCUGUAAGAACGUGAUAGAGUUGGACUGGUGGGAAGAGAGCUGUGUCGCUGUCCCCAGCCCUGUCGCUGUCCCCAGCCCUGUCGCUGUCCCCAGCCCUGUCCCCAGUGGUGUCAGCCAGGAUAAGGUGAUGUUCGUAUUCACCCCAGCCCAGCACUGGUGCAAGCGCACCCCAACAGAUGAUAACAGGGUGCUGUGGGGCAGCUGGUCUGUUCUGGGGCCCUGCAACCGCUUCUUCUUCGCUGGAGACACCGGCUACUGCUCCUCCUUCCAGGAGAUAGGGAGGCGAUUUGGUCCGUUCGACCUGGCUGCCAUACCCAUCGGAGCGUACCUGCCCAGAGAUGUAAUGAAGUCACUGCAUGUGGACCCAGAGGAGGCUGUGGAGAUUCAUAAGGACGUUAAGGCCAAACACUCCCUGGCUAUUCACUGGGGGACCUUCGCAUUAGCUCAUGAGUAUUACUUAGAGCCUCCAGUGAGACUCAGGGAGGCCAUGGAGAAGAAUGGGUUGAAUGCGGAGCACUUCUUUGUCCUGAACCAUGGAGAAUCCAGAGUGUUGGGGGGAGAAAGAGAAGGAGGGGGCGUUUGA